AUGGGAACCAAAGUUUCAAGGCUACUAGGUGCCUCAAGCACUCGAAAAUACCCCACUCGAGCACCGGAGACCACAGUAUCACCUUCCUACCAACCUCAGGACCCGUGGAAGGCUAACUACAACAAAACUCAGGGUAUGUAUAACACAGCGCCGACUCAAAAUCAGUGUUUGAUAGAUUGUCGGGGUUGUUGCUCUUCUUGAUCGUGCCUGGGAGACGGGAGAAGGAAACAUGACUGAUUGGUGAGCUGUAGACGUUCUACGCGAUGCUCAGGAUCCAGGUUACCAAAGUAUGCUGAAAAGGGCAGGGGUCGCCGAGAUAAUGGACCCUGCGAGAAACAUAGCUGUGAGCGAGAAGGUGAGUGUGCGUGUUGAGUUGGACGAGUUUCUAAGGGCGGUAACGGGGGGCGCAUUUUGUUUAUCUGUUUUUUCCGUUUUGUAAUUGUUGGUGGAAGGUUCAAAAUAUGCCCCGUUGCGGAACUGUUGGACUGAAUCGCUGACGGAGUGAUGGAUUGACGGGGUGAGUUGCAGAGUUCGAAUUCCCUUCAUACAAUCUCCCGUCGUCAGGCGCUCCACGACCAGCAACAAAUGGAAUCUUCGAGUAAGCAGGGGCGAGACAGGCGUACGUGGGUCGACACAUCGACUAUCUUUAGGAUCUUGAAGCUUAGGGAUGAGAAGAAGUGGGAGGCUGAGCGCAUCGAGAGAGAGCUGGGGUUAGCGCCUGGCCUGGUGGAUAGGUUGGGGGAUAAGGUUGGGAAACCAUGA